UAUAGAGUUCCUAUCAGUCUGGCCUCCAUUCAGGCUUGACUCCUUUUGUAACAAAAUUGGCGAGCCAGCCAGGAGUCAAACCUAGAACCUUCUGAUUGCCAGCGCAAGCGGAUCAAGCAGAGCACCAGAAGACAGUCUGUUCUUUCUAAACUCUAUAGAUAUUCCCAAGAGUUCCAGAGAUUGCCACUGGACGCCGCCAUUCAUCCCUUCAAACCAGGAGAUUGGGUCCGGAUCAGGAUGUGGAAGAAGGAAACGCUCCAGCCCGAGUGGAGCCAACCGGUCCAGGUGCUGUUGACCACGGACGCAGCACUAAAGAUUGACGGCAAGGCCAAGUGGAUCCACCAUACCAGAGUCAAGAAAGCAGCCGCACCUAUCGAGGUGCAGGAGCCAGAGACGGGAAUAGCCAAGGAUUCCCCAACAGGUGAGGGGCGGAAGAAGACCCCUGAAGAAAAGUGGCUUUCACAGACAGCUCCGGGUCUGGGCCUGAAGUUACGUCUCCGCAGAACGCCCCAAACUUAGCUAUUGAUCCUGCUGCUCAGAAUAUAGUUAAUCCAUACUACAUAUGCAUUGCCAUUAUUAUAGCAUGUAUGCUUUUUAUUAUGUUGCUUUAUCUUGCAUUUUACUUCCGGCAUGGGCGCAUCCCUUGACCGGGAAUGGGUCUUUAACACAAACUAACACCUUCCUAAAGCUGGUACAGGAGGUGGUUAGCCAGUUCAAACUCACUAGCUGUUGGGUGUGCUCCCCCUUGCAGGUGCAGCACGGCCAAAUUCCACUAUAUCCUCUUCCGCUUAAUAUACUGGAGUUGGCUGUGGAUCGCCCAGCACACAACCAGACUUGGCCACGAGGGGACCAAGUGCAGGUCAAGAGAAGGAAAGGCUUAUGGUGUUGGGAAAACCACGAUGGCACAGGGCCCCUGUUGGGAUAUUCUUCUUGUUUUUACACACAUAAGAGAGGCCCAUGGCAAAAGUGGCCAGGGGGAAUCCCUUGCCUUAAUUUGCACUAUAAUAGUACCCACAUCAAUAAGACCAGAUGUAAUUGCACACCACAAAGCAUGAGGUACACGUUUCAGAGAAACCCCCCUUGUCAUUGUGGCCACACAGGGCUUAAUGACUAUUGGCAAUGGUAUGGGUUAACCUUAUGUCGCGCAAAUGGCUGGACUACCAACAUACCAGACCAAACCACUAUGCUUAGGUGGUACAAAGGGGAUCAACCCCAAGCUUGGUCUGAGGUGUAUAUAGCCUCUGACUCUUGGUACGCCAGAACUCGGAUGGGAAAGGGGAUAGAAACCUGCGCCCCUACAGCCCCAGGAGUAACUAGAUGCAAUGCUAGUGGCCCUAUAUAUACUGAGCCAUUAUUCAUGAGCUGGUACUUUGCCCCACAACAUGGUUUUCAAUCUCAUUUGAAUGGAACUAUGCAAGCCCAUCAUUCACAGAUAUGGCCCUUGGGUAAAUGCGCGCUUAGACAUCAUUGGUUUGUUUGUGGAACCACUGCGUAUACAUGCUUGCCCCCCGACUGGAGAGGAAGCUGUUACGUGGCGUACUUAAUACCUAAUAUCAACGUUAAACCCAAAGGGCAACACAUUUUCAGGCCCUUAUACACCAAUACCAGAGACAAAAGGCAUGCUUUACAUGCUGGAAAUCAUAAUUGGGGAAGUAAAGUCUGGACCCCCCAAGACUUGAUUGAUGGGUACAAACCAUUGACGUGGAGCUCUAUUGGAAUUGUUGGAGCUAGGUCUAUGACAAAUGGCCUGUUAAGGUUACAAGCUGUAGUUGAAGUGGUUACUAAUGCCACCGGUGAAGCAAUACGCACCUUAACACAAGAAACUGAGCAAAUACGUAAAAGGUUGAUUAUCCACCAGCAGGGCCUCGACCUGCUCCUUGCUAGCUCAGGUGGGCUCUGCGCCACCUUAAACACGAGCGGUGAGUGUUGUGUUGAAAUUGGAGAUGAAUCACAGGUAAUUAAUCAAUUGGUAGACCAUGCAGAAAUAACGGCGUAUGUGGGUGACCAGCAAUGGAAGGGCCUAAGCUGGGAUUGGCUUACCAGCUGGCUGCCAAACUGGGCCUGGCUGAAGCAUCUCUUUGUUAUUGGCUGCAUUAUAUUCCUUAUUCUUAUGUGCUUACCAUGUAUCAUAUCCUGUGUAUCUGGCAUGCUUAUUCGGGUCCUGAAAAGAAAGGCCCAGCUAAUGAUGUAUCAGCAACUAGCCUUACAUGAAAUGCAGGGGGAUUAUACUGAAAUGGCACCAUCUCAUGAAGAGGUAUGGAACGACACUGUUUAUGCUCCCCAGUCAGUUAUUACUGAAGAAGGAAACAUUUAUGCCACCACUGAUAAUUAAGAAGAUACUUUCUUAUUUUAGAAAUUAAGAAAGUAUCUGAGGGGCAAAUGUUGUAAUGAGUUAAAAUUAAAAAUGUUAUAGUGGAAUAAAAUCAAAUAAUGUUAAAUGAAACAUAUGCUUGCCUCCCUUAUGAAAAAGUACAGGAGUUUUUCCGCUUAUCAGCUUCAUUCGCAAUUAAAAAUGUUGUUCCCAGCUUACCAGACCAAAGGUCAAGGAUAGAGGAAGUUUGGAGGGAGAACAGAGAAGUGGACCAGAAUAGACAGAUGCUGAGAAAUCAAACAAUGAUGUAUUUCUGAUUAGCUAUGCAUUUCUAAUGAUAUGUAUGUGACGCAUCUAUAGCCUAUAAAUAUGAUGAA